AUGGGUUGGCAGAGUGGGGUGGCAGCCUCCUUCCUGGGGUCCUUCACUGGGACGUUGGGGACACAGCUUAGGAUAAGCUCAUUGACACAAGAAGUGACAGGAAGAGCUCGGCUUCUUCAAGCCUGUGGGUGGAUAUUUUGGUUGGCAGGGCAGGGGCUGGGGCAAGUCGCAAUACUUCUCGCCCCAGCUUCUCUGACAGCUUCUGUGAAUUUCAGUGGCUCCCUGCUUAGUAAUGCAUUGUUGGCACCACUUGUCCUCAACGAGAAACUGACAAGAUUGCACUGGGUAAGUGUGAUGUUCCUGGUUGUGGGCAGUGGGAUGGUGACAUCUUCCUCAAGCCAUGCAGACCAGAAGUAUUCCUACGUUCAACUCUGCCAACUGGUACAGCGACCUACCUUCCUUACUUGCGCUUCUGUCUCGGCCAUCCUAUCUUUGCUGUUGCUCUGUCGUGCAGCGAAGAAGCAGGCAUUGGAACUAGUCAGCUUCGCGUAUCUUUUUGCACUAGUGGGUGCCAUUGACCUCCUGGUCACAAAGUUCACCUUGCAACUACUGCGGCUUGUAGUGGUCGGCAAGCACGACGACACACCUGCUGAAACGAUUGUGUCCACUUUCAUCACCUUGACCCUUGCUCUGCACAUUGGCGUGUUCCUCUGUCAGGUCGCAGCCGCAUAUUACAGGAAGGCUCUGACGAGCUUGCCACUGUUCCUCGGAAGCGGUGCUUUGAUGCAAGUUCUGGUGUGUGGCACCUUCUUUGAUGAGUUCCGUAACUUUGGGCUGGAUCAGAAGGUCUCCUUCAGCAGUGGCUUCCUUCUGGUCAUGACGGGCAUGAUAUGCACAAGUGUUGCGACGAUCAGUUUUCGGGAAGAGGUGCCGGCAUCAGAACCAGCAACACCGGAAAUCCCGGACGUGGAAGCUGGCAACGACGUUGUCGCCUCAGAUGUGCCGGCAAAGCCUAUAGGCACUAUAGGGCCUAGAAUGCCAAGCAACCUAAGCCCGAGCUCAAACCAACGUUCGGCAGUUAUCACCUCCGGCCUGCUCGAGAGAAGCAGCUCUUCCAUGUCUUCUGCUGACCUCCUACUGCUGGGCGACAUCCAGAAGAGCGCCUUGUGCUUCGGGGGUCGCUAUGCAAUCGGGAGAGCCUCAACUUCGAAGAUGGGAUUGCAUCGGCGGUUUGCCUCCGACAACUUCCUCGUGAUGCCACUCACGGCAUCCGAGAAUCUCGACAAAGGACUCUCGGCUCUACAAGGUUCUUGCGGAUUCCGAAAGAAGUUCCCUGAUGUUGAUGAGUGUGCCACUGCAAUGGGUGCUGAGGACGACUUAGCCGUGCAGCCAGCGCACCGCCAGGCACAGAACCGAUGUGCAUGGGUAUCACCGGCUUGCCACGAGAAGCAUUUUUGUGCUGACAGAAUGCCAGCAGAGAGGGUGUCGGCAACGUUGGUCCCGGCAUCAGACCUUUUCGUGCAGAAGCAGCAAGCUGCGUCGGUAGACAUCCCUCGUUUACAAGGCUUCUUUGUCCUCGGCAUCGUGCAGGGUGUGACCUCGUGGCUCGUGUACGUGACCCUGUUCACGCGGUGUUUUCCACUCGCGACACGCUUGGUCAGCUUACCCCUGAGAGAGAAAGUGAAGGACUGGCCAGGGAUACGGCAGCUAUUUCUUCAGAUUGCGUUUGAUCUAGGUGUGUAUGUGCCGCUCGUCCAUUUCCCCGUUUUCUACGUUGCACAAGGAGCUGCGCACGGUGCUGAUGCGGCAUCCAGCCUGUCCAGGUGGCGCUCCAACUUUCUGGAAGACGCAGCAGGUGGGGCUUUGUUUUGGUUCCCAAUGGACGUCCUGUGCUUUACAGUUCCAAUGUGGCUGCGCAUGCCGCUCGGGUACUUCACCACGUUCUGGUAUGCUGCACUGAUUUCCAUUUUCCGUGGCAGUGAGCUGCCAGCCUCCUUGGAGCAGGAAUGCCUGUCUUAG